AUGUCAUGUUUUACACCAGAAAGUCAUAGCGAGAGGACCGACGGAACCAUUACUGGUUGCUUUCCUGAUAACAUUAUAAGAGCCAGUACUGUUGUUCCGUGCGCGGACGCAAAGGUCCAGAGAUUCGACGGGUUCACCUUCGGAAUCGCCUUUGCUUCCAAGGACUCGUUCUUCUCCGGUCAGACUCAGCUCUCCCCUUGCGAUAAAAGGCUCUCUUUGAGCUCCAAUGGCGCUCAGAUCGCUGUGUUCAGGCCCAAAGUCGAUGAGAUCUCGCUGCUCACGAUCAAUUCCACCACUUCGCCUUCGGUCACCAGCGGUGGUUUCAUGGUAGCAUUCGCUGGAAGGAAGUAUGCAGCAAGAUCUCUCCCUGCCUUUGUUGGUAACAGUUCUUACUCCGUCACGAGCUUUACUCUGGUACUCGAGUUCCACAAGGGCACUCUUCAAAACUUAUACUGGAAGCGAGAUGGCUGUGCUACUUGUUCUGGGAAAUCGAACUUCGUCUGUCUCAAUAAACAGAACUGUGCCAUCAAAACCCCCAGCUGUAAAGGCCAGGGCGGAUCAGUAGACUGCAGCAUUGGAAUCCAGACGGCUUUCUCGGGUACAGACAAACAUGAUGUAGCUCUCAACUCAUGGUAUGAGGUAUCAAACCUGAGGCAGUACUCUCUCUUUGGUUUAUAUUCAAACCUCAAGGAUUCUCUUACUAGCCAGUACAACAAAUUCUUCUAAUCUAGGCGUUUCCACGUCACCAUGUUGUAUACACUGUUAACGACCUUACCUGUUUUAUGAACGCUUUCACUCAUUCCUCUUGCUUUCGUGAGUUGUAAAAAUUUGAUCAGCACCCGACAGACAAAUAUUAUUCAUAUUAAUUUAUUGGUCUUGUUAGUUCUAUCUACCAAA